AUGAGCACGGUGAAAGCCAUGGACACGGUAAUCAUGCCGCCUCCGCCAGCAAAGACACUGAGUGCUGCCGUCGUUCCCCCGCCAACGUCUACGGACAAUCGCCCCGACGUUCAGGCGGAGGUCUCGGUGGUGGGUCGAGGAAUUGGUGUUCCCCCGUCGACUCCACUCGUCCGUCCCUCCCCACUUUUCUCUCCAGCUAUGAUGGCUGCUCAACUAGGCGUUUUCAACUCGAACAAUAUUCUUUCAAUGAUGCAGGCAGCCGCCGCAACGUCGGCUUUCCUCGACCCAUCGAGGCGACCCCCACCACCGAGUGGCCAACCCCAACCACCGAACGCUUCACACAUGCCCGCCUCACUCCUACAACAUCUUGUGCAUGUUCGAGGGCAACAUUUAGCUCACAAUGUGAUGAGUGGCCGACCGGCUGAGUGCCUUCCUUCGCAAAGAGAUGUCGGAGAGCUUUGCGUUGUUUGUGGCGAUAAGGCAAGUGGUCGACACUAUGGAGCGGUUUCGUGUGAGGGAUGUAAAGGUUUCUUCAAGCGAUCUAUCCGAAAACAGAUUGGAUACCAAUGCCGGAGUAGCAAGGAUUGCCCGGUGACGAAAUUCCAUCGCAAUCGCUGCCAGUUUUGUCGCCUCAAGAAGUGUCUUGCAAUGGGCAUGAGAAGUGAAUCUGUUCAAGCCGAGCGGCGACCGAUGGGCGGAGCUGGCUCAUCUCCACCAACAAUGGUGCCCACCCCACCAGCCACUCAUACGCCGGUUCUCACCACGAAUCAUUUCAUGAAUGGAUUGCUGGCCAUCGCAAAGACCGAACACGAGAAGCAACACGAUCACGAUAAUGAUCAUCGUCGAGAAGAGGAUUCCUCUGAAUGCCGUUCUUCAUCACCGAUGUCAAGAGCUCGAUCAGCUAGCCCAGAAACCUUUGUUUCCCUCAAAAGAGAAUCAAUCGGUGAAGAUGAGUCUGGUGUGGAUGUCGGUUCAUCAGUUUGCCUUGGUGUCGCCCCAUCAGAUUCUCCAUCUUCAUCAGGAGCCGCUUCAAGUUCACUUUCCGAUGAUCUUUGCGUACCAAUCUUCAAUCUUGAUCGUGUCCGUUUCGAGUUACCAGUACCAAUUCCGGCUCCAUCCGAGCUGAACAUUCAAUACAUUUGCGAGACAGCUUCUCGUUUACUUUUCCUUUCCGUUCAUUGGAUGAAAAACGUGAAAGUGCCUUUAAAAUCUUCUACAAUAGAGGUGUUGAUGAAAGCGAAAUGGUGUGAUCUCUUCAUUAUUGGAUUGGCACAAACAGCUGGACAGGUGGGACUUUCGCGAAUGUUGGACGCGAUGAAAAACCAUUUGGCUGCCUGUGCUCGUUUGGGACAAUUGAAAGCCGAGAAAUUUGAGGAUGUAGCCGGUCAAAUCACUCGUCUUCUUCAUUUCGUCGCCAAGGUCGAAUCAUUGCGCCUUUCCCCGCAAGAGUUCGCCUACUUAAAGUUGAUCGUCUUCACCGGAAAUGACGCUCCCACGUGCUGGGGACUAAUCGAGAACGAGACUCGAGCGAUCAACCGAACUGCUUGCAAUGAGCUCUACGAGUUUUUGACAACAAUGUGGUGUACAGGCGAUGAUUCCUUAUCGGAAGAUCCAGAUCCAACAUCGAGUCCCUCGAUGACUUCGACGGUUGACCGCUUCUCGCAACUCUUGCAACUGAUCGGUGGACUGCGGUAUUUCAAGGAGGCCGUCUUGGUCGAGUUGUUCUUCUCGGGUCUGAUCGGCAGUCUUUCCAUUGAGACAGUCAUCCCAUUUGUACUCAAAAUGGACGUAAUGGCCGUUUUCGAGUCUUCAUCUACUUCAUCAUCUUUUUCUUCAUCCUCAUCAUCAGAUUCAAUUCAUCCGUCAAAUGUCCCCAACUUGGCCACAAUGUUGGCCACAAAG